GAUCCCCCAAAAAAACACACAAAUCGAAAUCACGACGGUAUGCUUAUUUUUUUCCCGUCAUUCGAAACACAAAAAAACCACGCUGCCGUCGUGUUUCGCUGGUUUGGGUCUCACAGCGUCAGGGUCUCUUGCAGAAUAUCAGGCUCAGUCGAUUGAGAUUUUUUUGACAUCCUCCCGCAACUUCUGUUAAGCGCAUCGCUCAUUUUUUUCAAAUUUCAAUCGUACAGAACUGUAGUUCAUUAAGUUCUCCAGAAGCCGCUGCAGGCGGCAGCGGAGGCCGUUCCUUCGGUACUAGGUAUUUCGCUGAACUUCCAAGAAAGACCGGCAUCGGAGGUCUUGCACUUGGCUCUUGUGCUUGCUUGCAUGCUUUGAAACUCUGUGAAGAGUAAAUGACGCUUCCAGAACCUCCAAACCAACCUGUUGCUUUUUUGUUCUUUGAACGUAUCAACGAAAAUGGACCGUAUCACGACCUCUGCGACUCGGAAAAACAUGCCUUCGCGAGGGAGGAAAGCGACAGCUUUUGGCGUUGGAAAAGCUUGCGCAUUAAUCGCUUUUCUCAGCUUUCAACAUGAUUUGACAGCACAACAAGUGCAAGCUCUUCGCCUACUGAGAAGUUCUUAUUCGUCCGGUUGGCGACAAAGGAAUCUAGAGCCGAGCUUUAUCCGGGAACGAAGUUUGAUUGCAAACCUCCGAGCCGUUUCAUCUCCACCAGGGGCACAAAGCCAGGAGCAAAAAGAGGACGAGAAGAGGAAUCGGGAUCAUGCAACAUCGAAUAGGGAAAGCAAAGAGGAACAGGAAGCAACACCCACUGCGUCUUCUACAUCGGCAGCUGUUGACAACCAGCACAGCCAAUCUUUCUAUCAUCACCAAAAGUACAGCAAAAACUUUUUCACAACCAGUUUCAACCUCGACAACCAGAAGAACCUGCAAAAUCUCCAACAACUCACAUCAGGCGCGAAGAACAAAGAAAACACCGAAAAAACCACGUCUCCUGAUUUGAAUGCCUGUUUACUCGCACUUUUGGACAAGACCUACGAGGAUCUUUCCGGGUAUGACAUCCCGGUGGAAGAACAUCAAGCCUUGCGGAAGGUCGGCGGAGAACCCACGUACGGGGAAAUCGUCCCCAGCAGCUUGACCCAGGUCCUCCUCCGCAUGAACGCUACGGAAGCGGACGUUUUCUACGAUUUGGGAUCGGGGAUCGGGAAGACGGUGUUGCAGGCCGCACUGACGACAAGGGUGAAGCAGGCGAUCGGGAUCGAAUUUGAAAACACGAGGAAUUUGAACGCUUUAACCGCGAAGCAAAAGCUUUUAGCUGAGCUGGAAAAAACGAUGGAAGCGACGGGUCGGAAUUUGAGGCAGGAUUUCAGCCCAGCUUGUGGUGGAGUGGCUGAUGAUGAGUUGAAGGAUUUUUUGGAGGAGAUUGUAGCCGGCGCUCAUUCCUCUAACAAGGAGAAGAGUUUGGACAGCCGAAUCCAGCUGAUCCAGAACGAUUUUGCACAUAUCGAUUUGACCAAUGCGACAUUGAUCUAUUCCUGCAGCACCUGUUUCUCGGAAAAUCUUCUCGCGCAGAUUUGCACGAACAUUGGGGAUUUGGGGACCGGGAAGAGUAAUUUACGGGUUUUUGCGAGUUUGAAAUCUCUCGAUACCGUGCCGGCGUGCAUGGCGAAGUUGGAAGAGGAGGCGGUAAUGGCGUUGCCAAUGACGUGGACGCAAGAGGCAAAUGUGUAUUUUUAUCGGCUGAAGAAAUGAUGUCAGUUUGCAAUCAUGUAAGUACUACAGACAUCAUGUGCUGUAUGUUGAUGUUCUUUUUUUCCGAGAAGCAUGAAGUGAGAGCGCAACUGCAAUGGGUGCGUUAUUUGCAACACAAUUCGCGCCGUCAGGACUAUUUUUCACAACUGGGGUUGGGGUGUUGCAGUUGCUCGCUGCUGCUCACAGCUUCAGAGCAGAGGAGUUACUGUCUG